CUGCCGUGUGGUCGGUCACGUGACCUCCUCCUCCGUGGAGUGGAUGGAGAUGACUCUCCACGUCAGCCUACGUCUCCCAAUUUCUGCUUAGCGAACCUGCUUCAAAGAGGCAAGAGGCACGGCGCUUCAGAGCCAUGUUCAGGGCGGUUAUAGAGGAAUCGUAGCCCAGCAGAGAGUUGUAGAAGUGGGUGAAUACGAUGAUGGAUUUUGACGAAAGGGUCCCCGUCGGAUCGAACAUGUAUCUGCCCAGCUGCACGUAUUAUGUGUCGGCGGGCGCUGAUUUCUCCGGUCUUCCAUCGUUUUUGUCCCAGACCCCGUCCACCCGCCCCAUGACAUACUCCUACUCCUCUAACCUCCCGCAGGUUCAACCCGUCAGAGAAGUGACAUUCAGGGACUAUGCAGCCAUUGAUGCAUCCGGUAAAUGGCCGCACCGGGGGAACUUGCCUCAGUGCUACCCCAGCGCGGAGGACAUGGUACACCGGGACUGCCUGUCAGCUCAAUCCGCCGUCGUAGGGGACAUGUUCGGUAAAAGCAGCCCAGCAGCCGCCGCUGCCGCAUACCACCACCACCACCACCACGCGAGUGCUGGCUCCGCUGCUACCAAUUUCUAUGGGAAUGUGGGCAGAAAUGGAGUGCUGCCGCAAGCUUUCGACCAGUUUUACGAGACGGCGUACGGGAACGCGUCGGAGAGCUCCUCCGCGAAUGGCUACUCAGGGGACAAAACGGCGACCAAGCCUCCCGGCUCCGUGCAGGAGGAAGCGCCAUCGUGCCCGGACAGCGAGUCGAAGGAGCAGCGGGAUGAAACGAGCAGCCCGGAGUUGUCUUCCGGCAACAAUGAGGAGAAAACCGGCGGCAGCAGUGGACAGAGGACCCGGAAGAAAAGAUGCCCUUAUUCCAAAUAUCAAAUCAGAGAACUUGAAAGAGAAUUCUUUUUCAGUGUGUACAUAAACAAGGAGAAGCGGCUGCAACUGUCUCGGAUGCUCAACCUGACCGACCGACAAGUAAAGAUCUGGUUUCAGAACCGUCGCAUGAAGGAGAAGAAACUAAACAGAGACAGAUUACAAUAUUAUACGUCCAAUCCUCUGCUUUAGGGGGGUCGGGGAGAAGACGGCCACAGCUCCAUUAGUCCUCUGCUUGUGGGACUGGUUACGUUUACAGACUGACUGACUCGCCUGGCUGUGUCUCUCCCCGUGUACAUUGUGUACCACAUUGGCCGCAGCAGCAGCAGCAGCACUGCUCGAUGGUUAAUUUCAAGUUCGAGGACAACAGUAUCUUGUGAUCUGCAAUACUCAAACAAAGAGGGAGUACGAACAGAGGCGGUCCGCGGACUUUGAUUUCGCUCCUCAUUGUCUCACUUUUGAAAAUGUAGAUUUUUUGACAUCGCCAAGACUGUGUUUGCGAAGGCCUUGUUCAUAAUGUGACCUAAGACGCUUCAUUUUCCUUUCGCGCGAGAAAAAAAAAAGAAAAGAAAAAAAGACGUAAUGAAUUGACUGAUCUAGUGUAUUUUGUAUUCAAAAGAUCUGAUUUUUUUCUCCUGUUUUUCAAAUUAGAAAACUUGUGGAUUUAGGCUGAUGGUGAAUAUCUUGCCAACCGAAUCUAUAUUGGUGUGACCAAAUAAUGAAUCCGACGGAUGACAAUGAUGUGGGUUUUUUCUUGUUUUGUGUGCUUAUUUAUUUUGUAGCCUCUCGUUUACCAUCUUACUUUGAUGCCACGGCUAUCCAAGCUAAAAUCGGUUAAUACACGCUGACUACUGGGAUCCCAUGUUGUAGUCUGAGCUGACCUCAAAACGAGCUUUUGUCGUAUUUUCUGUGCCCUGCAAACCAAGGAUUAGCAGACUAACUUUGUAUUUUGCGUAUCUUUCAAUUUCCAAAUCAAUUCUAAGAUGUCUCUUUUGAUUUUAUCAAUCCAGUAUUAAUAAUCCAGGUCGAUGGGUCCGUGUGGAUUUGCACUGAGGUACACGCCCCGAGAUGUUCACAACAGGUAACCUUACGCGGUGGGCCCCUUCGUUUUAAACAAGAUUUUCAGUUCACGAUUCUUGAAUCUUGACAAUUGUCGUUUAAAUAAAACAGAAAAAAAGAAGAGAAAAAGAAAGAUGAAGAUUAAAAAGAUAAAUUUUUAAUCUUAAUUUUUACCGUCAGGGCGAGGCUGGCCAGGAUGAUCACACUGAAUUUAACUGCUUGGUCUGCCCGAAAUAUUGUGUAUCAUCAUUAUAUCAUUAUAUUUCCAAAUAAUAAAAAGUGGAAUAUUA